UGUGACUCUCUCUCUCUCUCUCUCUCUUUCUCUUUUUCUCUUCUCUUUCUAGUUUAUCUCUCGUUGAGAAAAGAAAGAGAUUCAUUUUCUAUUUUUUUCUCUUCUUUUCUCUCUUUAAAACCUCUAAGAACAGGUUGGUUUGUCUUUCUACUGAUUCUUCACACCCAAGAGUAAGGAACUUGUAUUACCUUCACUAGGAUAAUUUAAUUCUCCAGUUACUUUUACUCUGUUUUCUCAAUCUACUCGGACUAUUCAAUUAUCUGUUACUAAAUUGAAAUGGCUCUUCACAUUACAGGAAAGGCUAAUUUGGAUGAGGCGAUCAAAAAUGCUGGGGCUAAAUUGGUUGUCAUUGAUUUUUUCGCAACUUGGUGUGGACCUUGUCGUAACAUCUCACCAGUUAUCGACAAAAUGGCCGCCGAGUCAGACAAAGUGACAUUCAUCAAGAUCGAUGUUGAUGAAAAUGAGGCCAUCGCAGAGGAAUACAAUGUCACUGUUAUGCCAACCUUUGUCUUUUUGAAGGAUGGUAAACGCGUUUUCGAUAUGUCAGGAGCCAAUGAAGCCAAUCUCAAAGCUGCCAUUGAAAAACACCAAUAAUUAUCCAAUAUAAUCGAAAACCUCUUGAUAUAAAUGUUAAUGGUUGUGGUUAUUAAACCAGUCUUAAAAACUGUUAUUCAGUUUUAUCCCAUUUAUGUAACUUAAAUUUCCAAUAAGCUUUUUUGUAUUGUUCCCCAGCUCCCGCAAUCUUUAGGGUUUGGUAUUUCGUAUGAUACUUUCGUUAAAAUCUCAUAAUUUGUUCAAAAAUCUUAAGGAUUUGAUGGUAUUAGCCUGACUUGAGUUCAAGGAGGACCCGUUGACAAUAUUCAAAUUCAAAUUCAUAUAUUAGUUUCUUUUUCCACUUAUUUUGUCCAAAAACAACGGACAUCCCUGUUUUGUGCUGCUGGUUUCAGUUUCCAUGAUUGUUUCGUCCAAAUUUCUCAACAUUGAUGCAAAGUCAGAAUCCUGUAAAUGGUAAACAAUUAGUUUCUCCUACACUUGUAAAGUAGCCUUACCAAUAAGUCCCGUUAGCUAAACAAAAUGAAAAGACAAAAAUAAAAGCCACAAUCAAUUGA